AUGUUCUAUGUGCCUUUGUCAUCGCAACCUGCCAUUGACAUUACCAAACUGGUACAGAAGAAACUUGGCCAGGAUGUUAUCUGUAAACAGGCUGUAGAAUGUGUGCGAAUUGAUGAAGGAAAAAGAUUUCUGCGAUAUGCUGCCAUUGUUGAGAGAAGCCGGGAGCAUGGCUUGUUUAUCUUUACCUCAAGCCGUAUACCAUGUCUACAGUCAAGCGAUCUGAGCCUUGAAGUUAUUAUUGCUGUUGACUCUGGUUUUCGGCACAAAGCAGACUAUCAUCUACACUUGAGGUCAGCAGAUAAGCAUGUUCUCUUGGAGCUACCUCGCCUGGAUACAAGCACAGCGUUUUUGACUAAGAUUGUUAGUCUGACUAAAGACAGGAAGCAGACUUUUCAGUGGUUGGAGAAAUACAGGAGAGAGUGUCAAGUUUUUGAUGAGACUGAUUCCCGGACAUCUAACAGUAGUAACCCAUUUGCUGAUGAUGUGUUCGAUCCACUCAGGCAUGUCAGUCAGUCACAAGGUGUAACCCAGGCUAAAACUGCAGGUAGCAGGCAAACCACAUGGUAUGAGGACAGCACACCCAUAGCCUCUCAGCCUACAGCAUCUAACUCAGCUUUACAGCCCUCCCACAGAAGUGCCAGCAGAGACUCCUUGGAUAAGUCUGUCAAUACUUAUGAGGAAUUCACAGACUCAAUGGAAUCUGUACAAAAACAGCUAGGAAUAUCAUGGAGUGUUGAAUUUAAUUCUGCUGAGAAACCAGCGUCAAGUCGGGAAAAGUUUGUCAGGCAGUUCCUUAUUGAGAGAGAGAAUGAGUUUACUAAUGUACAGUACUUGAAAGUGUUUUGUGGGACCUGGAAUGUGAAUGGCCGGUCACCAUUGGAACCCUUAAAUAAGUGGAUGGUUGUAGAUAAUGAACCUCCUGACAUAUAUGCUAUCGGUUUCCAGGAGCUGGACCUCAGUAAGGAAGCCUUUAUAUUUGCUGAUUCUCCCAAGGAAGCAGAAUGGCAGGAUGCAGUUAUGUCCUACCUCCACCCAAAGGCCAAGUAUAAAAAGGUGAAGUCAGUGCGGCUGGUUGGAGUCUUACUGAUUGUGUACAUCCAGGAGAAACAUGUUCCCAACAUCAGUUACAUUGAUUCUGAUUCGGUGCCUACAGGGAUCAUGGGUAUUUUGGGUAACAAAGGUGGGGUGUCCAUCAGAUUCACAUUGUACAGCACCUCAUUGUGCUUCGUUAAUUCACACCUGGCCGCUCACCAGGAUGAGUUUGAAAGACGUAAUUCUGAUUAUCGGGACAUUAUGAGUAGGACAAGAUUCAAACAGUUUGAACCACCCCUGGAGAUCUCUGAACAUGAUAUUGUCUUCUGGAUUGGGGACCUGAAUUACCGCAUCGAUCUACCCAUUGAUGAAGUCAGGACGUGCAUCAAGAAGGAGAUGUACACUCGUUUGCUGGAAGAAGAUCAGCUGUACGGUCUCCUUCAGGCAAGUUCUGAUGUGUUUAAGGGAUUUGAGGAGGGUACUCCGAAGUUUGAUCCCACCUACAAGUUUGACUCUGGGACCAACAAUUAUGAUACCAGUGAGAAGAACAGAGUUCCCGCCUGGUGUGACCGCAUCCUGUGGAGGGGGCCCAAUGUGAAACAACACAGGUACAACUCACACCCUCAACUGAGGAUAUCAGACCACAAGCCAGUCAGCUCUCUGUUUACUGUAGGGGUGAGGGUUAUUGAUCAGAAGCUGUAUAAAAAGGUAUAUGAAGACAUCAUGAAACACCUUGAUCGUCUUGAGAAUGACUAUUUACCACAGAUCAAACUGGACAAAACAGAGUGUGUGUUUAAAGAUGUGAAGUUCAUUGAAAGUCAAAGCCAGGUUGUGACCGUUGUCAACAUUGGCCAGGUGCCAGUGGAGUUUGAAUUUAUCAACAAACUUGAUGAUCCAACCUAUUGCAAGCCAUGGCUAAAGGCUACUCCUAGCAAACAUUACAUUCAAGCAGGGUCAUGUUGUGAGGUGACCGUGGAGGUGUAUGUCGACAAGGCAACAGUAGCUAAGCUCAACUCUGGUGAAGAGAAGUUAGAAGACAUUCUUGUCUUGCAUCUGGCAGGUGGCAAAGAUUCUUUUAUCACGGUCAGUGGAAACUUCCUGAGCAGUACUUUUGGUUCCUCUAUAGAAGCCCUUGUUCAGAUGCAUGGACCAAUCAGAGAAGUGCCAGUAGCUGAUCUUCUGGAGAUUGAACAACCUGGGAGUCUUAAUAGGCUGGACAUAGCACAGGAUGGCGGGCGACUGUACAUGGUGCCGAAGGAAAUAUGGAAGCUCGUUGACUUCUUACAUAGAAAUGGAUUAGACAAGGAGGACCUCUUCCAACAGCCAGGAAGGAAUUCAGAGAUACAGCUUAUCAGGGACUGCUUGGACACAGGAAAACCAGAUCGGAUUCCUGACAACCUGAGUGUCCACUCUGUUGCUGAAGCUUUGCUGAUGUUUCUGGAGUGCUUAGCUCAGCCCGUGAUACCAUUCAACUUGUAUUCCCAGUGUAUGGCCAGUUGUAAUAACCUGAUGCUCAGUAAACAGAUAGUUUCUCACUUGCCAGAUUGCCACAAGAAUACAUUUCUUUAUAUCUGUGCUUUCCUGAGAGAACUUCUACAACAUUCGGCUAAAAAUGGCCUGGAGCCAAAGUUUAUAUGCAUCAUGUUUGGAGAGGUCAUGCUGCGACCACCCCCACUCUCAACACCUAACAAAGGUCAAGCCUCUGUCAAGGACCGGAGGUCCAGACUGAGAGAAGAGGAAACCAAGAAAUCAGCAUUUGUGUAUCAUUUCGUCAGCCAGGACUUAAACCUUUGA